AACCGUUCGAAUGUUGCCGGUUUGUUCUGCAGUUCUUUUUUUGUUUUGGUCUGGGGGAGAGCUCUGUCCAUCUUUGAAGACGUUCAUUGUGUUGAGUCUGACGGUGGUGACACUGGUGGCCGGUGCCAGCCUGGAAAAGGCCCACUCCACCAAGGAAGCCCAGGAUCGCAAGCUGGACGAAAAGAACCAUGCCAAGCGUGGUCUGAUUGACUACGGCUACGGUUACGCCAAAGAACCCGAGCUGCAGGGAGGCUUCAAACCAUCGUUCGGGUACGACAUCACCGUCGGUCAGCAUCAUGUACCACAGUUCAAGACGUACGCUGUCCCCGAGUAUCGUCACAACCAGUACGCUCCCCUGUACAAAGAACCGACCGUGUACAACUGGAAGGAGGAAAAGCACACCAUCAUCACGAAGAAGGUCCCGGUGCCGUACCCGGUGAACGUGGAGAAGCAGGUGGUGAUUGAGAAGAAGGUCCCGGUGCACGUGCCGGUGAAGGUGCACGUCCCGUACCGCGUCGAGGUGGAGAAGAAGGUCCCGGUGUACGUGGAGAAGAAGGUGCACGUCGAUCGUCCGGUGCCGUACCCGGUGAAGGUGAAGGUGCCGGUGUACCACAAGGUGGAGGUUGAGGUCCCGAAGCCUUACCCAGUGCACAUUCCCAAGCCGUACCCGGUGUACAUCGAGAAGGAGGUUCAUGUGCCGGUCGUCCACCGUGUCGAGGUGGAGAAGCCCUAUCCGGUGUACGUGGAGAAGCCGGUGCUGGUGGAGCAGGUGGAGUCGCACGAGUCGCACAGCCACGAGCACAGCCACGAGCAUGAGCACAGCCACGAGCAGGUGAGCCACGAGCUGCACAGCCACGAGCAGGUGAGCCAUGAGCUGCAGGGACAUGAGCUGCAGAGUCAUGAGUAUAGCAGCCACGAGCAGGAGCAUGUCGUCCAUCAUGACAUUCGCCCCGUUGGUGUCAAGUCGACCAACUUCAUCUCGGAGCCUAUUCACGUGGAAGACCAUCACGAGCACCAGUAUGGUGAGGAGUCGCAGAAGAUCGAGCGCAAGGUGGAAAGCGAUCAGAAGGCGGCGGCCACCACCACCACUGGAGCUGCUGCUGCUGCUACUGCCAGCGAACAGAAGAAGGAUGCGGAAAAGCCUGCCGAUAAGGAGUCGUCGCACAUUCCUCCGGAUACAGUACGAUUGGGAGACACAAAUCUCGCUAGCUUCGACGAUGACCAGCUCGCACAACAAAUCCCAAUCGCACGAUUUAUCAAACAUCCGCACUAUCGAUGGUCGCGAAAGUACUACGAUAUUGCCGUUGUUGAACUCGAAGAGUACGUUAAACCAAACAAAGCAAUUUGUGUUGCGUGUCUGUGGCGUGAACCAGACGCUCCAGGAGAUCUGAUGGACGCGGUGGGCUUUGGUGCUACGGAGUUUGCAGGAAGCCUGAGCUCCACCCUACAGAAGGUAAAACUACAGGCCCUAGACGAGACGAUAUGUGCUAAACGUUUUCGAAACAUGCGACGCGAAUUGCCGGAAGGCCUGCGUGACGAUCAGCUGUGUGCACAUAGUGCAACCAUGGACACGUGUGAAGGCGACUCGGGAGGCCCACUGCAAACGGAUCGAACCGAUUUGUUAGGUAAGACGUACCCACUUAUAGUAGGAGUGGUAGCGUUUGGAACGCCUUGCACUAAUGGGUCAAUGGGAGUAUACACCAGGGUUAGCUCGUAUCUGGAUUGGAUCGAGGAAGAAGUAAAAGAGUCUCUUAGCCCGGAGGUUUGUAUUGAGGAGGACUAUUGCAAUCGUAAACUGAACCCAUCCAUGUACGGUAAGGUUGACAAAGUAUGGAAAAGAAGUCGCGUUGGGCUGCUAUGGCAGGAAUACAAAACGGACAUCCACCAGUGCGGUGGACUCCUGGUUGACUACCAGUUUGUUAUCACAUCGGCGAGCUGUAUUGACCAUGGAGGUCCAGUAAUGAAGAAAUUCGACAAAAAACAGUACAUCGUACAUGGUAUCGUGUCCAGUUUGACGCAGGGCUGUGAAGGUAAGGUGAUCUUCACCAGUUUGGCACCUCACCGACAAUGGUUGGAGGAGAUCAUGUGCAAACAGCAGCAGGAGAUGCUAUGGAUCUUAAAUGGUUUCCCCCGACAACGGUUCAGUUGUUGUUGUGGCGGAUUAGAAACAUCACCAACGAACGAGAUGGGAGGAAAUGAUGUGUUUUUGGGUGGAACCCUUUUUUCUCCCUCUCUGGACGGGAAACCGGGUGGAACAACGCAGGGGAAAAAGCUCGUUACGCUUUUCACCCUGUCGCUGGCAAAUGCGCACCUGUUCAAGAAAAAACUCGUCUUAACGUCCGAAUCUGACGGAGGGCACGGCGGCGGCGGUGGAGGCAGCUUUUCAUUGGGUGGCGGAAGCUUUGGCCUUUCCUUUGGUGGUGGGCUAGGAGGUGGUGGUGGAGGUGGCAGUCACGGAGGCUCUACUGGAGGAGGCUAUGGCGGAGCAUCUGGUGGACCUGGUUACUCCAGUGGAGGAUAUGGAGGAGGUGCGCCAAGCCAUUCGGGCGGUGCAGGUGGUGCCGGCAGCAGUGCAUUUGCAAGCGCUAGUGCCAGUGCAAGUGCCAAUGCCGGUGGUGUUUCUGGAGGACAUUCGGGACAGGGUGAUUAUUCUGGCUACGGACCGGCUGCAGGAGGAUCUGCUGGACAUGGACAUCACGGUGGCUAUGGUGGCAAUGAUGGUUAUGGUGGCGGUGGUAGCGGUGGAGCUGUUGGUGGACAUUCAGUGCACACUCCUUCGGACCAUCUUACACCUCCGGCCCAGUCCGGCAGCAACGGUGGCUACCAAGGAUCGGGAGGCGCUUCUCACGGCUACUCCAACAGUUUCGCCAAUGCCGGCGCCGCUGCAGGAGCACACGCUGGAGCUCCGCAAGGAUCUGGUGGCGGAUCUUAUCAUGGUGGAUCACAACCGGUAGGAGCACCAUCGGGUGGACACGGUGGCCAUGGUAGUCACGGUGGAGGCCAUGGUUUCACGAAACAAAUCACCAUCACCAAGCAUGUCGAUCAAAGUCCUCCACCGCGUCCGAUUGUGAUUGAAAAGCCCGUACCUGUGCCGGUUGAUCGUCCCUAUCCGGUGUACAUCGAAAAGGAGGUACCGGUGACGGUGGUGAAAGAGGUCCCAGUGCACUCCGGUGGUGGUGGUGGUGGUUAUGGAGGCGGUGCCGGACACUCCAGUGCAAGUGCUAGUGCAAGUGCGCACGCUAGUGCAAGUGCAGGAAGCUUCGGCGGUGGUUACGGUGGCUCCAACGGUGGUGGCUAUGGUGGUGGUGGUGGAGGUGGUAGCGGAAAUGUUGGCGGAGGUUAUGGUGGUGGACAUGGAGCAGGAGGUAGUGGUGGUUAUGGCAGUGGGGGUCAUGGUGGAGGCCACGGUGGCGCAUCGUUUACCAAGACGAUUACGCUGGAGAAAACCUUCAACAAACACAAACACCAUCUACAUCAUCAUGGAUGGUAGGCUGAGAAGUAAUGGAGUUGGUUACGUUUGAAAAAGGGUGAAAAUUUAUGAUGACUUGUCGGGAUUUUUCACCUUUUUCAUUCGAUUGCCGAGUGAAAAGCUUUACUGAUGUAUUAAACCCUUAUUCUAGCGAGUGUGAAUAUCAUUCGAAAAAUAAAAAGACGCUAAUAGAUUAGA